GGAUCGUUCACAAAACCACUGGGAGUCUCAAGGAUAUCUUGCAGCUGGACUAACUGCUUCGCAUCCAUUGCAGUUGGACUGAGUGGUGUAGUGGCUGAUACGAUGUACGGAUCCAUGGGAUACAUCGAUCACAAAGAUAAGGAUGUGCUGGUGCCCAGGUUCAGAUCCACGAUGGCGGACAAGCUGAAGGAGGAGUACUACUCGCCGCCGCCCAAGCUCGGCAAUUGGGAAGGGUUCAAGAUCUUCCUCUGGAACUCGGAGACCAAGCAGUUCCUGGGCCGGACAGCAGGAAGUUGGGCAAAGAUCUUGUUGUUCUACUGCUGUUUCUACGCAUGCCUCAUCGGGUUUUUCUCCGCUAUGUUGGCAAUAUUCUACCAGACCCUGGACAUGAAAGUUCCCAAGUGGCAACUGGACAGUUCCCUGAUUGGCAGUAACCCUGGUCUGGGGUUCCGACCAAUGCCACCCGAGAGCCACGUGGAGAGCACACUCGUCUGGUUCAAAAAGACAGAUUCUCAAAAUUUGAACAUCUGGAUCAACAAGAUCGAUGAAUUUCUCCAGCCUUACAGAAACGUAAGUGUUGGAGGUAACGUGGUCACGUGCAACUACAACAAUCCCCCGCCGGAGGGGAAGGUCUGCUCUGUGGACAUCAACGAAUGGGAACCGUGCACCAAGGAAAAGGGCUACAGCUAUAAUAGGGGCACUCCGUGUAUCUUCCUCAAACUGAACAAGAUAUUCAACUGGAUGCCUCAAUACUACACAGGCGUGGGUGAACUGCCGGAGAAGAUGCCUCAAGAUCUCAAGAAUCACAUACAAGCCGAACACCUCAACGAUCAAGCCUCAUUAAACACGGUGUGGGUGAGCUGCGAGGGUGAGAAUCCAGCUGAUGUUGAGAACAUCGGUUCCAUCCAGUACUUCCCAAAACGAGGGUUCCCGGGGUACUUCUUCCCAUACAAGAACCAAGAAGGUUACCUGAGCCCGGUGAUCGCCAUCUGGUUCGAGGCUCCCACAACUGGGGUUUUGGUCAACAUCGAAUGUAAAGCCUGGGCGAAGAACAUCAUGCACGAUCGGAUGGAGAGACGCGGCUCAGUGCACUUUGAACUCAUGGUGGACUAAGCUGUACAACGCUCAUCGCUAGUAUCUAAGUGUUUUAGAUUCGCAAUUGAACAAGUAAUAAGAAUUCGGUCAUUUCAUCUGAAUAAACAUUUGCAUUACUUUCAGAGCCAAGAGUGUGCUGUUUUAGUUGUGCUGUAACUUAAGUUUAGAUAGUUCAGAGUUUUUGUAAAAACAUUCGGCUUGAGUACAGAAACACGAAAUUUUUAUAUUUUAGUACGUUUUAAGUUGGUUAUUGUGAUUGUUUUCCUACUCUGUGUUGUAUUGUCAGUAUUUCUAAACACUUUCAUUCAGUAAAAUUAAAAUUGUUAUUUUUGUCUAAGUUCUAUAUUUAUUUGUAAGGUAGUUCUGAAAUUUUUAUUUACAAAUAGGCAUACCAUUAUUAUUAUUUUCCCCUUAAAUGCAAUUGACUUUAGGUUGUACAAUUUAAGAAUGUGUGUUAUUAUCUUUUACUAACUCGUAUAUGUAGUAUAGGCUGUGUUCAAUCUUGUGUUGUAUUGUUAAAAAAAUAAAACUUUUCAAUUUGUUGAGUUCAAUCAUCAAGCAGAAGUUAUAAUCGUGAAUAAAUAAUAAUGUAUAAAACGUAUUCGUGUUUAAGAAGUCAAGGAACUUUUUCAGGUCCAGUUUAAUUUAAGACUUAUUCCUUGUUAACUUUUAAAAUGUUUUAACAGUGUUUGAAAAUCCAAUGAUAAUAAUAAUGUACAUAAAUUCCGUUUAAAAUCUUAUUGAACACCAUGUAAAUGUGUGUAUCUGCCUUAGCCUGGGGAAUCUGUAAGAAAGACGGUAUUAUUGGAUUGUCCAUCAAAGCUGUGCAGCCGCAGCACCUGAGUUUUCAACUAUUCCAAUCGGUUACAAUAAUUUUGAUCCGUUACACUGAAUAAACUGACUUUUAAAAACGCAACAACUUUGUCUUCAACUUGGCUACUCAUUGGUUCCUCUCAGAUUUAAAUCGAAAGCCAAGAAAUUGUUUGAAUAGUCACAGUUCUAUCUACCUUACAGCUUCAGUCAGUACACAAACACUUUUGUAUUAUAAUAUUUGUAAUUCCUAGUUAGAUGCAAAUGGUUUCCAAGUAAUUGAAUUGUUAGUUUCGUUAACUAGCGUAAACUGCAUUCGCGGUUUCAAACCGAGGUAGGGAUUUCCUUAGUGCAUCGACGACACCAUAGGUUGUUCUGUUGAUGUUAGUUUCUAAGCUGCCACUACUUGCAUUGUAUUCUUUCGUGUCCUAGAACACUAUUGUACUAGAUCUAGUCAUGAGAGUACGUGGUUAGAGUGCUUGGAUCACGCCACAUUCCCAUCCACGCUUCACCUUGAUACCGUUUCUUAUCGUUUUUCAUAACCUCAGUUUGUUAUUUACGAAUGGUUUGAAUGUUUACUACGUGUGUUAAUUGUCCAUCUAUGGGUACGAUUCAUCAUUAUUGUAUUUUUAGUCCUAGCGUAAGGAGAUGUACAAUAAUUUUAGUUUAGUUACAACUGUGUUUGUAUAAAUCUAUAUUGUCUUCGGACAUGCUGUGUUUUUCGUUGAUACUUUCUAAAUGCGUUGGGUUUCUCAUAGUGUAAUUUGUCCAUCUUGUUGACCGUAUAAAUGAUAAGUGCUACAGGUUCGAGAUACGAUGUGAUUGAAUGUAAUACUUAAGAGCUAUGUUACUUGGGAAGUAUUGUUAGUAAACAGUAUAUAAAUGGUUUUAAUGUUAAUAUACAUACCUUUAAAACGGUAUCUAUCAGUACCAUUGAAAAGAAUUUUGUUAAAGCUGUUCGAAUUUAGUUAUCAACUAAAAAUGUAUAUUGAGAAAAACUAUUGCUCAUGUUGAAAGUGAAAUUAAACUUUAUUUAAUGUUGUGUAAUUGUGGUUUGUACUUUGUUAAAUAAUUUGUUGCUUUAGUUUUCUACCUUAGAUUUUAACUCAAUUAAUUAUAUAUUGUAUGAAGAAAAUUGUACACAAAAUCUGAUCGUAUUUUACCACAGGAAAUUGGCUAAAAUUACUAAUCUUUAAAAUAAAAAUAUAACUGAUGUACAUAAUCUGCUAUGUACAGUAUAUACUGUAUAGUCAAAAGUGUGCAAAUCACUCGAGACACAUGGUAUGUACUAAUUAAUUAAUUAAUACUAACAGAUUUGCAAUUCAUUAUUUUUUAUUUUACUCGUCAUUCAAUUUAUUACCCGAGGGGUUUGAAAAGUUUAAGAAUACAAUCAAAAAAACCUGUAUUGAAACAUGUUCUUAAGAAAAAUUUAGACCAAAAUAAAGAGUGACAGAAGUGCUGGUUUUGCCACAACAGUAUUAUUGUAUAUUGUUGUCUGCAAACUAUGUUGUGUAAUGUUAUCUCAAAUAUAAAUUUAUUAUUUACAAUACACUA